AUGUUAUCUAAAGGUUUAUUGAGAGUUCUCCUUGGUGUUACAAAUGUUCUGCUCUUUAUUGCUGGUGGAACAGCCCUAGGUGUGGGUGUUUGGUAUUCUAUGGACAAACUGUUCAUAGCUGAUAUCAUUGGAACAGACCUGUUUUCUGCUGCUUCCUACCUCUUUAUCUUCUGUGGGUCUUGUAUUCUGAUCUUGUCUUUCCUGGGAUGUUCAGCUGCUGUGUUGGAGAGCAAGAAACUUUCGAUUGUGUAUGUGUUCCUUCUCAUCCUCAUUCUCAUAGUAUUCCUAUCAGCAGCUAUCAUAGCAGCAGUGUUCCAAGGGGAGUUGACCAGUUCACUGACAGGCAGGAUGCAGACAUCACUGAAACAGAGUUAUGGCAACCAGAUCAGUUCCAAUGAAGAAAAUAAAAGAGUUACAGAUUCCUGGGACUUUGCUCAGAAGACGUUGAGAUGCUGUGGUGUAGAUGACAGCGGUUAUGGUAUUUACAGAGAAACACAGUGGUACCGUGACCAAGUGACAAGAGCGAUUGACUUGUCACAAGUGAACUUUGUCCCAGAGUCCUGUUGUGUAUACUUGGAGCACAGACAACAGUACCAGAAUGUUGAUCUUUGCCAGAGAAAUCCUUACGGUCCUCCAACCAACCCAGACCCCAACACAUCCAAAAAUGAUCACCUGUACUACGAUGGCUGUAUGUCUGCAGCAAAGCAUUAUGGGGAGGACAAUGCUGGAGUUAUCCUUGCCAUUGGAUUUGGAUUUUCCUUUGUCCUGAUUGCUGGUAUCGUUUUAUCAAUCCUGAUAAUAAGAAAGAUCGCAGACAUGAACUUUGAUCCAGUCAGCACAAAAGUUGUUUGA